ACUUUUUACUCCUCUGCAUUUAUUUGAGAGCUUUAGUUACUUUCAGAUUUAGGUUUUGCAUUAAAAAAAUGUGCGAUAAACUAUUAAAAAAUACAACACUCAGCCUUUUUAGCUCAUGACAGGGCGUCUGCAGGUUCUUAAAAAGUCAUUACAUGGUCUUAAAUUAAAAUUUGUGAGAUCUGAAACAUUUAAUUGAUUUAAUUUACCCAAUUUUAAACUUUAUUUUGUCAAAUAAGUCAAGCUCCUCUGCGUUAACGUCCACAUUUCUGCUGUUAAAAAUCAUUAAACCUGCCACUGAACCUAAAACUGUCUUUUUACUUUAUACUUGCACUUACCUCUCUACCGACCAUAUUCCUACAGAAAACCUGCCUCUGCACAGGACCACAUAUAUAAUGCUUAAACUUUAUAUUUACCUGCAUGAUUAUGUCCAAAAAUCAGUCUUAAUUUGACUUUAAAAAACAUUAAAUCUAAGUGUCUAAUACUGAGAGAGAUAAUUCCUCUCUAAACCUCUCGGAUGUUUUCAUUUUAAUAACUGUAUGAGGCUGAAACAGAUGAUUUUAUCUGAUAUUUUAUGAUAAAAAAGCAGAAAAGGCCAAAGAAUAAAUAGAAAUUUGUGCAGCACAACUUUGUUUUUCUUCUUUCCUCCCCAUGAAUAAAGUCACGACCCCUGAGAUUUAUCUGGCGGCCAUUUGGAGGGACCCAACCCCCAGGCUGGGAACCACCAGAGUAAAGUAUCUAACUGUAUUUAAGUAUUUUUGACAUCACAGUAUAAGUACUUUUACUAGGUAAGAGUAAAGAAUCAGUGCUUUGAUGAUCUGAUCAUAUGUUUAGUGCAGUAAAAAGAAUAUUUCCCUCUGAGUCGAAGUAUAAAAUGGAAAUACUCAGGUGAAGUAGAAGUUCCUCACAGCUGUGGAUGAUUUGUGCGACGACAGAUGAAAAUUAAAAAUAAUUCAAAGUGAAGAACAGCUGAUAAACACAAAUAUAAAAGCUGUAGUUUUGGGAUUAAACUGAUAAACUCUGAUUAUUCCAGUGUGACAGUAACAUUGUUUAAUCCAGUAUCUUAACUUGUGAACUGGUUAAACUUUGCCCUCUCUCCCUCCUCUCUCCUCCUCCCCUCUCCUCCCCCUCUGGGAGGACCAGCAGGUGUCAGUGUGAGGUGAAUGGCUGAGGGGGAAAAUAGGACCUCUGUUCUCCACUGUCCCGGGAAAUGAGCUGGAAAAUGAGGGGCGGGGUUAACCACACCUCCUUUUUUCCCGUCGCUGUCUCUUCUCCGCCCCUCGAUCCGUGUUGUUUGAAUACAGCUGCGAUGUAUGAAUUUAACAGGGUGCUUAAACAGGGACCGGCGAUCUGGCACUCCUCACCCUCCUCCUCCUCCUCCUCCUCCUCGCCCAACCUGACCUCACUUGACUGCCAGAGCCAAACUCACUCACUCCUUCAUUCAAACUCAAUCUGCUUUCAGCUCCUCUCAAAGCCUGUUUUAUGGGCGAGGGUCGUGUCGACAGCUUUAAACCCCAUAUUCUCUCACUAAUGCCACAAUCGAGCCGAGUGUCGGAGGAUUACGGCCUCUUCAUGGUCUCAUUAGAAAAGCUGUUAUCUGCAGUAGAUGAUGUGGCUCUGCAUCCACUCCCUGUGCUUUCCUUUGCUCUGGGUGUGUGUUCGGACGAUAAUUUCACAGGUUUCAGUUUUAUUUAUUUAGAUUUUGUCAGUUCUUCUUUAUUCUGCCUAAAUUUAUCACUUAAAUCAGAGUUUAAUCUGCUUUUAUCACAAAAUCCAAUCAAUAAUCUGCCGCUUAGUGUGAAACUUUAUUAUUGAUUUUAUUAUUAUUAUUAUGAUUAUUUUUAUACCUUUUUUUUAUCAGCACAACUUCCUUUAUUUCCUUUUUCUUUCUCCACUCUACUUGUUAACAUUUUUCUGCAUUUUUUAAGUGAACACAAACACAACAACAAUAUAUACAAAUACAACAAUACAACUGCGUCAACAAAACAAAAUUAAAGCAAGAAAACGAACCUAAAACAAAAUCAGGACGACGUAGAUACAAAAAAUAAAUGAAUGGAUUAAAUAAAAUGAUGAUAACAAAGAGAACAAACGCAACAAGAGACACCUGUUGUACGUGGAAUUACACUAAAUAAUGCAGUUAUGACAUUAGGUUCAAUCAGUUUUCCUGUAACCUCUGAUAACAGUGUACAACCUUCUGAAGUGGAUCCAUCGUGUGGAUUAUUGUGGAAGAAAAUUUCUGCAGCCACCGAAAGUAAUAACAGGAGGCUUCACUCAUUAAACUCUCUUUGAAAAAGACAAACACAGAAAAGUCCAAAUCUAAGAAGACAGAUGUCUCUGAGCUGCAAAUAAGAGAAACAGAUUCAUUACAAACAUGUUCUUUAUCUGAAAGCAGGAAUUCCAGCUAUGUGAUUCAGACAGUUUGUCCAUAUGUCAGUUUAUCUGCUGUCACUGAUACAGACAGACCACAUCAAACUCACAGAUUAAAACUCAUCUGUAACAGAAAACUAUAAAAACUGAGGGUUUUAAAAUGUGAAAUAUAGUUUUUCUGUUUUCUUUAUUUAAACAUCCAAGUUUAUAUUCACCGCUCUAACCCUGCUGACUGCUGUAACUAAGUACAUUUACCUGAGUAUUUCCAUUUUAUGCCGGUUUAUUGUCCUCUGCAGUUCACAGGGAGAUCUUCUACUUUUUACUGUUUAUUUUCACACAAAGAAAUCUUUACAUAAAACAACCUGAUGUCACAGAUUAAAGGUAAAAGGUCAAAUGCCACCUACACAUUAAUACAUCAGCAAUAAUUCUCCAAUAAUAUAAUAAUACAACAUUAUUUUUCUUAUACUAAGUUCAGUUUCAGUUCUUAUAAUUUAGCUGCAUUUUGCUAAUAAUACAUAUUUAGUUUUAGUGAAGCAGCACUUUAAAGACAGGACUUAAGUAAUGGAGUAUUUUUACAUUACAGUAUUGCUGCUUUUACUUUGAAAGGAUGUGAAUACUUCCUCCGUUGCUGUAAAAUAUGAAAGAAUCAGUUCCAUAAUCACUAAAUUAAAUGUUAUAAUUUUAAUUAAAAACCUCUGAAGUUGAUUUAUUAUAAACAUGACCGUGAAUCUGCUUCUAGUCGUAGUGAGUAAAGCAGUCGUCACGUCCAGGUUGAAUAGAGUAUGAGAGCUGAAAUCAAGUCCUGCUGGUGUCAGUGCGCUCGUCCAUUUAACUCCUCAUUGGAAACAUGAGCUGCCAUUGAAGCCUUAAUGUGUGAAAAGCCACCUGUAAUGACUGUGUCAAAUACAAUCUGUAUUCUCCACUGGUGAGCGUGCGACCCCAUUGUGACCGUCAGAGGAGUCCCCGGGGAGUGUGUGAAAAGUGUGUCUACCCCGUGAAUGUGUAAAGUGUGUGUGUGUGUGAGAGGAUCCAGCAGCAGGCAGAAGGCCAGGGGCUGUUGUCUGACACUGAUUUGAAAAGGGAGACAAUACGGCUCAUUGACCUGCCCCGGCUCCACUGUCUGUUGCACAUACCUCGCCCAGCCCUCCCCGGUGGCUUCGCUGCUCUUUAAACUCGAGCAGCAGAUUGCCACAGGCGCUGGGAGGGGAGGCCGACGGGACACAGGUUGCUUUGACAAUGAGAAUCCUCAGAGAAAAGAGAGAGGAGCCAAAACUUUGAUGAACACAUUUACUUUUACUGCAUUUUCUUCUCUCUCUGACCAAGAAAUAUGAGAUUAAUGAAGCAGCUUUUACUGUUUUUACACUAAUUUGACUCUUGGUGACGUGAAAAUGAGAAUUUAGACAAGUUGUUCCCAAAAUUUCAGAUUAUGAAUUCACUGAAACUGAACAAAAUGUGUUUUGCUUUUGAAGCACAUUUCUCCUGGUGUGAUCAUUAAAAAUGAUGCUGCAGGUCAGUUUAACAAGAAACUUUACCAAAAUAAUGAUUUAGCACUUAACAGUAAUGAAAAACCUUCUCGAAAUAUGAUUAUAAACAUUCUCUAAAUAUUGAGCUAAUAUCUCAAAAUAACAAUAACUUUUCUUGAAAUAAUGAGUUCAUCUUAAAAAAAAGAAUUUUCUUGAAAUAGUGAGUCAGUACAUCAAAAUAAUUCUAAACUUUACUAAACUAUUGAGCUAAUAUCUUAAAAUAACCAUAACUUUUCUCAAAAUAAUGAAUUAUUAUCUCAAAAUAAUCAUUAAAAUUCUCAAAAAUAAUGUCAUAUUUUUAUUUUCUGCAGUUUCUGGAUCAGUUAAGUCAUUGUUUCCUUGUUUGUAUUUAUGUUGUUUGCAUCCAGCAGCUUCAUGUUCUGUUUGUUUUAAUAUUGUUUUGUUUACGAAACAGUCAGAAAAUAAUGAAAAAUCUGAGCAAAAUAAUUUCUCUCAUUCUCAUUUUGAAAUAUCUUGUUUUUUUCUAAAAAAAUCAUGCAAAAGGAAAAAAAUAUUUAAUUUAUAAUCAAAAAAGGGGAAGAAAAAACAAAAUCUUCAUGUUUAAGAUGCUGGAAUCAGCUAAUUUGCUGCAUUCUUGCUUGCAAAAUUAUUUAAAUUUUAAUCAAUUAUAAGAAUUCUUGCCGAUUUUAUUCUCUGUCAACUGAAUAAUUGAUUAUAUUACUGAUUAUUUCAGCUCUACCUUCCUUAACAACUUGUUUAAUUUUGCCUACAGAGGUAAAACUAUCCAGUAUCUCUCAGGACAAAUCAAAAAUUGGAGAAAUAAUUUUAAGAAUAGACAUUAUUUUUCUGUUUUUUUACACUUCACAUUUAUCAGAUGAGGCAGGAUUCUGACGUGUUGCCUUCCCUCCUCACGUUGUAAACAAACACCCUCGUCCUUUUGUCUCUUCCCAUUGUCAGAGUGUGGAGGUGACCUCUCCUCUCUCUCUCUGCCUCUCACCCCUCGCAGCCUUUUCUUUUCCUCCCUUCUCUCUUUCACUGUCGGGGACAAGCUGUUGCUCAGUCCCCUGCGGGCCACUCCCUCUCUUGUCUGCUCCUCUUUCCUCCCCCCCUUAACCUCCCUCCUCCUCCCCCCCGUGCUCUCCGUCUUCUCUCCACCUGUUGGAGUGAUUGUUGCUCAGAGCGUAUUGUUGUCUUCUUCUUAUUUUAUGUCACUCACGAGGGUCCCCGCCCCUCUCUGCGCUCCUCUCCCUUCCCUCCCAGCCACUCCCCCUCCCUCUCUCUCCCCCUCCCUCCCUCCCUGCUGGGUAUAAAACUCUGUGGAGGUAGCUGAAGGGUGAGACUCAGCAGAGCACCACAGGACCACUGAGUCCAAACCAAAGCAGGACAAACGAGGAUCUGCAGGGAGGCGACAGGUUUCCUCCCCAUUUUGGACGUAAACAAGGUUUUACCCAUCAGGCUUUGCAGAUGGACAGAGGCAUGUCUGUGUCUCUGUGGUGCGAGGAGGUGGAGGAUGACCAGAGCCAGGACCAGGACCAGGACCAGGACCGGGGCCACAUCAGGGGCCCGUCUCAGCUGCGAGCCGCCUGGGACCCCACGGUGUCGGGGCAUCGUGUGAUCCAGAGGCUGCUCCACGUGGAGGAGCGGUACAUGCCCUCCAUGCUCUACGUCACCCUCAUCCAGAGGGACCCGGAGCGCAGGGAGGAGCUCGCCAAGUGGGCCCUGGAGGUGUGCUGCGAGUGCGGCUGCGACGAGGCCGUGUUCCCUCUGUCCGUCUCUCUGAUGGACAGGUUCCUGUCCGCCUCUCUGUCUCUGCCCGUCUCGCCGUACUGCCUGGCCGCCGGCUGCAUCCUCAUCGCCUCCAAACUCACGGAGUGCGACAACGUCACCGCCGACACACUCUGCGCUGCAGCUGAGUACAGCUUCCAGCCUUCGACCCUGAGGGAAAUGGAGCGAGUCAUCCUCGCCACGCUCCGCUGGGACACAGCAGCCGUGACUCCUCAGGACUUCCUCCCACAUUUUCUCGCCUCCGUGGAGCCGCAGAGAGGAGACGGAGGCGGCGGCGAGUCCGAGGAGGAGCUGCUCUCCACCCUGCGGCGGCACAGCGACACGCUGGCCGCCAUGUGCGUCUGCGACUCCCGGUUUCUUGGAGCUCCGCCGUCACUUGUUGCUGCUGCGUCGCUGAACUGUGCACUGAGAGGUCUGGGCAGCAGGGGCCCCUCUCAGCUGGCUCUGAUGAGUGAAGCACUGGCAGAGCUGUGCCAGACUGACCUGGCGGUGCUGCAGUGCUACAGCGAGAUGAUCGAACAUGGCCUCCGGCAGCGGCUGAGGAGUGGGCUUCAGCAGGGCCCCUCGGAGAAAGACGAGGAGGUGGAGAACGAAAGAGCCGGGACUCCUACUGACAUGAGGGAGAUUGACUUCUAAACACUGAAUCAGCUGUGUUGCAUUGAAAGUGUAAAUCAAUCAGAGCCCUCCAUGUUCAUCAGUCAAACUGAUAUAAAUUGAAAAUGACCUCAAAAUGCUCAGACAUGGUUUUAUACACGUUGACAUGAUUGUUUGUUAUUAUUAUUGAGUGACUGCUAAUUUAUUUUUAUUUAUUUGUGAACAAUUUUGCAACUGUGUUUCCCAUGUGCCAUAUUUUAUUCUAUUAAUUUUAUUGUAGGGAUGUAGAUGUUAUUUUGAUGCAUAAUAUUUAUACCUUUAAUUUAUUAUCACGUGCAAUUGUUGUCUCCUUUGAUGUUAAUUUAUUUCAAUUUGCCAUGACUUUGUGUUCAUGUACUGAAUUAAAUAUACAACAAAUCUAUUUUUAAAACAAUUAAAAACUUUUGUACAUAGUUUGUGUCUAUUAUUUAAUAAUAGGAUAAUGAUGCCUUCAAGUGUUAUUCAUAGCAUAGAGCUCUUGCUGUUAGUUGCAGUUCAUCUGACUCUAGUGGGACGUAAUAAGCUCUUUAUUUGACCCCUAGGCAGAAGGAAGUUUUGGUGACUGUUUUUGCUUUUUUAUUUUAUUUUUAAAAUCACUAUUUUGGUAAUAUUUUU